UAAUGUGUAUCUUUAGCUAAGCAACAGUCAACUCGAAAAGCGAAGCGGGUAUUAAGGUAGUGGUGUUUUUGUUUGUCGAGUUCGUAUUUACAUUUGAAGAAGAAAUGAAAAAUUUCAGACGUCCUAGAACAGGGGAGGAAUUUUAUGAAUCUUUUGAGGGAGCGCCUUUGUCUACAGCCGUACUUACGUAUUUUAGCUUCCUGAUAUUAAACAUCUUGGGGAGACUUCAAGAUUUCCUGAGGUUUAUUCAUGUACUAGAAAAUCAUUCAGUAACAGAGAUAUCACACACUAAAUCUUUCGUCCCGCUCUACUCAUCCUAUGAAGCUUUUUAUACUCGUAAUUUGUACCGAAGAGCACAAGACUGUUGGAAUAGACCUAUUUGUUCUGCUCCAGGUAGUGAAAUUGUAAUAAUGGAUCGUAAAUCAUCAGACUAUGGAUGGACGUUGAAUUUUACUGGAACGAAAUCGAAAGUUUUAAACUUAGGAUCAUAUAAUUAUUUGGGAUUCGGAGAUCCCAUCGGACCUUGUACUAAUGCUACAGAAGAAGCCACAAGAAAAUUUGGUGUAGGUGUAGCAAGUUCUAGACAAGAGGCUGGAAGCUUAAAAUUACACAAAGAACUCGAAGAUUUGGUCGCUGAAUUUGUUGGACAAGAAGCAGCUAUAGUUUUCAGCAUGGGAUUCUCAACCAAUUCAUUAAAUCUGCCAUGUCUAGUUGAUAAAGACUGCUGUGUAGUCAGUGAUGAAUUAAAUCAUACAAGUCUAGUCUUGGGAUGUCGAUUGACGGGAGCAACUGUACGUCGUUUUAAACAUAAUGAUAUGGAAGAUUUGGAAAGAGUUCUGCAAGAUUCUGUUGUUUAUGGUCGUCCACGUACCCACAGGCCAUAUAAAAAGAUCUUGGUCGUAGUUGAAGGUAUAUACAGUAUGGAAGGAAGUAUUCUUCAUCUUCCCGAAGUAAUCGCUUUAAAGAAGAAAUAUAAUGCCUAUCUUUAUUUGGAUGAAGCACAUAGUAUUGGUGCGUUAGGCCAAAUGGGUCGUGGUGUGGCUGAUUACUUUGGUGUUGAUCCACGUGAUAUUGACAUUUCAAUGGGUACAUUUACGAAGAGCUUCGGUUCAUCUGGUGGAUACCUAGCUGGGAAUCGAAAAUUAAUUGACUAUCUUCGUUCAGUGUCAUAUAAUGCUGUAUAUGGUUGUAGUAUGCCAGCACCAAUAGCUCAACAAAUUAUAUCAUCUAUAAGAAUUAUCAUGGGAAAAGAUAUACCUGGUGAAGGUGAACGAAGGUAAGUUAACCACAUUACUGUUAUGUACAUAAAUAUAUUAGCUACUUUAACACAAUUAACGUUUUAGUAUUUCAGAGCGAAAUAUUUCAAUAAAAUACUCAGUGUUCUCACAUAAUCGAUGAAGGCAAUUAAAUAUAUCAUUAUAUGCAUUCACAAUAUACUUAUAUAAGUAAAACGGCUGAAAUUAUGCACUUAGCUGAAAUAUGUGUAGCUACAUUGUUGCAUUAACCCUAGUGAGUUGACGGUUUGUAAGUAAUUCAGAAUACAUAUAGGUUCCCUUUAGGCAAACCAAGUCAUAUAUAGCAAAAUACUUACAAUUGGCAUAAUCUAUCUACAUAAUUAAUUAAAUGUUGGUGAUUGUACAUGAGAGAACUUAUAUCUCUCAAUGAUUUUCAUAUUAUUGACCUUCUUUACGUUCAUUAAACAGCAAAAGUUAGUUAUUAUCUUUUAUAUUCAGCUUUUGAUGAGCAUACAAUGUUUGAAUCAGCUUGAACCAUCAUUCGGUGGUUUUUAGUCUAUCCCAAUAUUCGCAUAUUUGUAUGCAUGUGUUCUUUAGCAAACCAAGUAUAGUUUACGUAAACACAAAAUAUAAAGUAAUAAUUAAAUGAUUUUGGUUAAAGUCCGAAUGAAUUUCUGAUAUUCUUGCUACUAAUGAAUGCUGAAUACCUAAACGUUAUUGUUGGAGAACUAUUAUCUGUACUUUGUUUCGCUUACUGUUUCUACAUAUCCGCAAUAUGUUACUUCUGUUACUCCUUGUAGAGCAUAGGUCAAUGAACAGGAUUCUCCAACCAACUCUAUCCUAGGCUCUCCUUUCCAACUGUUUCCAAAUGCUAUCCAUUCCUUUGAUGUUUCCCUCCAAUUCCCGGUUCAGUGUUUUUUUGUCUGCCUCUUUCCCUUUCUCUUUGGGAACUGCGAGUUAGCGCUUGCUUACUGUUUCUACAUACGUGGGAAUAAAAAUCAUAUUCAUAAAUUAAUCAAAUAUAUAUUGAAACUAACGAUGAUUAGUGAAAUAACUAAGUAACCUUGCAAUAAGUUUUUAUAGUGUAUUUCUUAUAUGAAGAUUGAUUACUUGACCCGAUGUUUUAGCUGGUAUUUGAAAUAACAAAAACUGAGAAUCGUGUGAGCGAAGAAAGAAGAUAAAAAUUGAUGUCAGAAGAUUUUAUUCAUCCUACAAAAAUACGAUAACCUAUUAACAAAAUAUACUGCUUUUUAUCCAGAUGUUACUGGGAUGCGAAAAUUAGUCAAUGAAUAUCACAAGUUACUGUAAGAGUGGGGAGGAGAAAAGAAAUUCUUCACUGAAUUAAUGCAAAUGAAUUCUGAACGAAUACUAUUUAAAUCAAAACAAUAUAUCUCGUUUCAUUUAGUCCUAACGCUCGACUUCUCAUGGAGAGUAUAAGAUUCUAAAUCAGUGAUUUAUCCACAACUCCAUAUCGAGAUGAAACUGUUUAAAAUUUGUUUCAGGAUUCUAAUGAAACCUGGCUGGUUAAAAACACUGCAAAUAAUACCGAACAUUGCAUCUCAAUGGCGAAUAAUGUCAUUCAAAUUUAAUCAUAAUAAAUACAUCGAGACGUAUGGUAGUAAAACUUUAAACUUCAGGCCCCCUUUCUCCUAAUCCUUGAUCUUUUACAGCUAGUAAAUCUCAUUGAUGAAAAAGCUAUGAUAUUGAAAUCCCAUACCCGGUCGAAGACAUGUUCUCAUGAGUACAAGUUUCAAUAGGAGUCAAAUCCAACAUUUCUACAUAUUAUUAGAGAGUAUGUAAUUCAUUAUUUUCCUGCAUAAAAUAGAUAUUUCUUAUUAGAUCCUCCCUUUCUCUCUUCAUUGGUUUGAACCUGUAAUCUUAAGGUUGUCUUAUAAAAAAGUUACAGAUUAACCACUAAAACGAAAUCGAAUUAUAAACAUCAUUUUAAAUAUGCGAUGAUAGUGUUUGCAAUCAUGUUCAAAUAUUUAGGUCUUAAAAGUUACGCAUAUAGUUUUUGAAUAGUUUGGUCUUAUGUUUUUAUUUUUUAUCAUUGCAGACUUAAAUGUUUAGCUGAGAAUAUACGUUAUUUUCGUGCAAGAUUACAUGAAAUGCGCUUGAUUGUUUACGGGAAUCGUGAUAGCCCCGUUGUACCAGUUAUCGUUUGCAUGCCAGCUAAGCUAGUUGCCUUUUCGCGUAGAUGUUUAGAAUUAGGAUUAGGAACUGUAGUCGUUGGUUUUCCAGCUACAACUCUGCUUUUAUCCAGGGUCCGAUUUUGCAUUUCAUCAGCACAUACACGAGAGUUAUUAGACAGGGUGAGUUUCUUGUUUUUUGCUUCAUUUAUUUUACAUUAACUCCUAAUAAUAGAUAUCCGUGAUCAAAUGUGGUCAGCUAAAAUUAUGUUUGAUUCUGAAUCUCUACUAUAUGUCGCAGUCAAUGUUACUGAUAAUAACGGGUUAUCAUUCUUAGAGAUUCUUGGAAUGAACUUAAUAGAUCUUGCUUUUUUUAUUAAUUAAAUUUUGAAAAACGAGGUCCAUAUCGAUUUUUCAUUUAGGAUGUUCGUGGAUAAUAAAUGACUAGAGAGUAGCUAGGUGGCGAUAUUAUUUGUUUCUCAAAGUUUUCAUCUUUCAACAACAGUUUACGGUCUUUGAGAAAACUCUUGUCAUUCUACCCCUUAAUAUGCCACUGUUCAUUAUCAUGUUUAGAGAAGGUCGGGAUUAGUUUAAGGUGACUCAGCAACUCAGCAGAAGCUACCAAAACCCACUAAGCUUUCAUAACACAGAAGUUUAGGAUGCCGACAAGUGUCUGUCGAUCUCGUUUUCAAUUCUUCUGGGUUGCGCUCGAUAGUAGCGGGGACAGGGAUGACGGACAAUUGAUGGUGUGUUUCUAAGAGCCAUUCAUUCACAAGUGACUAUAAACGAAACUAUAGUCAAUGAAUAUUAUGCUACCAGAGUUAGUGCUACAUUCAUACUUGUCUGUGUGUACUUAGCUCGUAACGUGAGACUGUUUCCACUCUGGUUAGGUGAGGUCAAUUGAACGACUGUGUGUUGAUCCUGUAUAUCAGUUUUAGAGACACGCAAUACAUCAAUGACCCAAAAUAUCAAAAUCUUGACUAAUGAGCUCUAUAUUUUGAUUUGAUACAGGGUCUAAAAAUGGAAGGCUCCGAUUUAUAGUGCAAUAAAAAUUUCAGCAGAAUAUGGAUAACAUUCCAUUAUCUCAAAUCGUUAACAUUGGUUGAACAUAAAAAGACAACUGGACCAAAGAAGAUGUGUUGUCAACAAGAAUAUAAAAAGUAAUGAGAAAUUAGAGAAGAGUUUGGUGGGGCUGCAUUCCACCUGUAGAUCUUCUAGAGUUACUGCCGGUCC